CCCUCCCCUCUCCAGUCCCCGCCCCUCCUCUCUCCAGGCCCCGCCCCCUCUGUCAUACCCCAGCUUUUCCCAGUUCCCGCCUGCGCUCCACUUAAGCUCCCGGGGCACCCUGGUCGAUCAUUUGCUUGCCGCUGUCACCGCGCCUGGAGCUUGAGUUUGGGGGCCUUAGGAGCGUUUCCCAUGGGGCUAUCUGCUUUCCUCAGAAUUGGCCCAUUGCUACUAGAAAAUCACUAUCAACUAUGAUUCCCAUCAAGGAUGUCAGUGGUAUGUUGGAAUUAGUUUUCUGUGUAUAUUUUAGUGCUAUAAAUUGCCAUUCCAAAUUAGGCUUGCUUUUAGUAUAUCAUUUUACACCGUUGAUCUAUUAUUUAUUACCUGAGCACAUGAAGAUAGGCAAUGUUGUGAGGUGUACACGGGUAAACUACUUGGUGAAAGCAUGCUUUGUAUUUUUAACAUGUAUAAUUGUAUUAAGAUCAAGCAAGCUUAGUUUUGUGCCUGGUUUUCUUGUUUGAAAAUGGAUUUGUUACCUGGGAGUUGCAGUUGAUGACAUUUUGAUAUUAAUAUGUUUGCUGCUGCUACAAAGAGCUUUGUCAAGCAAGUUGGAGAUGGAGGGAGAUUAGUUCCAGUUCCAAGCCUCAGUGAAGCUGACAAAUACCAGCCUCUCAGUCUGGUGGUAAAAAAGAAGCGAUGCUUUCUGUUUCCUAGAUAUAAAUUUACCUCAACACCUUUUACACUGAAAGAUAUUCUCCUAGGAGACAGAGAAAUUUCAGCUGGUAUUUCAUCUUAUCAAUUACUGAAUUAUGAAGAUGAAUCAGAUGUUUCACUUUAUGGAAGGCGAGGCAACCAUAUUGUAAAUGACGUUGGGAUUAAUGUUACUGGAUCAGAUUCCAUUGCAGUAAAAGCUUCAUUUGGUGUAGUAACCAAACAUGAAGUGGAAGUAUCAACAUUACUCAAAGAAAUUACUACACGGAAAAUUAACUUCGAUCACAGCUUGAUACGUCAGUCACGGAGCAGCAGAAAGGCUGUGCUUUGCGUGGUCAUGGAAAGCAUUCGAACCACACGACAGUGCUCCCUGUCUGUUCAUGCUGGCAUUCGAGGAGAAGCCAUGCGGUUUCAUUUUAUGGAUGAACAGAAUCCCAAGGGAAGGGACAAAGCUAUUGUUUUUCCAGCACAUACAACCAUAGCUUUCAGUGUUUUUGAACUCUUCAUUUACUUGGAUGGUGCCUUUGACCUUUGUGUCACUUCAGUGUCAAAAGGAGGAUUUGAAAGGGAAGAAACAGCAACGUUUGCACUGCUCUACAGACUGAGAAAUAUACUAUUUGAAAGAAAUAGAAGAGUGAUGGAUGCCAUUUCUCGUUCACAGCUUUACUUGGAUGAUCUUUUUUCUGACUACUAUGACAAACCUCUCAGCAUGACUGAUGUUUCACUCAAGGAAGGGACUCAUAUCCGAGUUAACUUACUUAAUCACAACAUUCCUAAAGGGCCUUGCAUACUCUGUGGAAUGGGGAACUUAAAAAGGGAGACGGUCUAUGGUUGCUUUCAGUGUUCUGUAGACGGACAGAAGUAUGUGAGACUUCACGCAGUCCCUUGUUUUGAUAUUUGGCACAAGAGAAUGAAAUAAAAAGAAAAAAAACAGAAUAUGCCUCAUUGGUGUCUUAAGUGCAAUUGUGCCAUAAGCCUUCUCUAGUUUGCUUUGAUGGUAAGUUAAACCGAGAGAAGAGCUGGAAAACCUGUGUGGAUGUCAUUUUCCUAACACAUAAAGUGGAGAUGUGGCACAUCUUUUUUCUUUAUAACUUGUCAUGAUUAAUAACAU